AUGAAGACGGGGUUCUUGAAUUAUAUAUAACACUAAUAUCUUUAUACUUUCAAAAGAAGCAAUUAAUGAUAACGGCCAAGAGUAUAAGUCACUUGAGUGAACCUUCAUACUAAUCCUAUGCAUCCCUCUGGCUAUAAGUAACAUGGCCAAUUGUAUCGACAAAAAGAAUGACGUGCGGAAUCUGCGGUCCUUAAGUUAUUUUCCUUAUUGUGGUUAACCAAAUAUCCAAAGACAAAUUUCCAUAAGCUGUAAUGGUAUGGGGUACAGCAUUACGGGGUAUUGACAAUAUUUGUGGGAUCUCAACCUUAUUCUAUUACCUGUUUGAUAAAUGAACCAAUCCUGAAUGCCGCCUGCUUAAAUAAUCAACUCAAUGUAUAAAGAUAAAAAUUAUUUCGGUGGCCCUUUUGCUCUUUUUUAAUAAAAGACAUGUUGAAAAUAAGUUACAAAAUUCCUGACUUUCCACAACCAGGUGAUGAGGCCUUUUUUGAAGGGCUCGAUAAAGUCAAUCAGAACGAUUAUACGGAAGCGUUUAAAUGUUUUGAAAAAGGAUCCAGAUAUGAAAAUGAAUAUGCAUCACUUUUGGUGGCAUCUUUUUACCAGGCUGGUUUUAUUCCAAGUGGGAAAAGAGAACCAGAAAAAAGCUUAGAACUUUACAAGAAGGUGGCUAAUAAUCAUAACAACUGUUUGGCGCAAUAUUUAAUUGGUUGUAUGUUAAUCAAAGGUGAUAUCGACGGAGUUAGUCCGAAUUUUAAAGAAGGUAUCCGUUGGCUUAAGGUUGCAGCCGAAAAUGGGUGGAAUGAUGCGAAUAUUCGUAUCGGUAUGGCGUAUCAAUAUGGGGAAGGCGAUUUUACUGUAAAUUAUGACACCGCUAUGUCGUAUUAUCUUAAGGCUAUUGAUAGUGAUACCUAUGAUGGCUAUCCCAAAAAUACUCAACUUGGUUUGUUUGGUCAUACAGAUUUUCAGAUUACUUUCAUCGAUGGUUUCAAUUAUUUCGAUGAACUCAUAAACGUGAGAAUAUCCCAUAUUACCACGCCUCAAGCUGCAUCAUUUUUCAGACAUCCAAACAAAUCAAUCAAUGACGUUUUACUUAAAGGAGCAUUUUGGUAUAUAUUCACAGGACAAGGAUAUGCUAUUCACUUGCUUUUACUUCGAUUAUCUAAAGCGGGUUACAAGAAACUAUCUUCGCUAGGGCCUAAAUCUGUUGGUUGGUUGAAGCUAUGCAAGGAUUAUAAUCUUCAGGACAGAUUUAAUUAA